GAGACGGACUUGGUUCGGAUAUUGCUGCUCAACUGCUCCACGUUUCCCGCACAAAUUCAUAAAGGGAGAUGUGCCCAGAGAAAUCCGCCUACCACAUCUGGAGCGUAUCCUCCUCUUAAAACGGACGCCGACCAUCGCCACUCGACACGUUAAGUUACUUAUUCGUGGCUCUAAACGGUAAAUUGGGUCGUUUAUCAUAAAGAAAGCGAACGAAAGCGACGCUUUUCAGUCCCAUGUUGUCGCCGAAUCAGGACGAACAUGCCCGCUCUAAAGAUCCGGUGAAAUACGGCGAACUGGUGAUACUCGGGUACAAUGGCUCCCUUCCUGGUGGAGAUAAGGGUCGGAAGAGGAGUCGCUUUGCUCUGUACAGGAGAGCAAAGGCUAAUGGUGUCAAACCAAGCACUGUGCAUAUCCUCAGCAACCCUCAAGACAGCAAGGCGGUGAACAGCAGGGGUCAGCACAGUAUCUCCUUCACCCUCUCUAGGAAUCAGACUGUGGUGGUGGAAUACUGCCAUGACAACGACACAGAUAUGUUCCAGAUUGGCCGCUCCACUGAAAGCCCCAUAGACUUUGUGGUGACUGAUACACCAGGUGGAUCGAAAGAAAGUGAAGACUCUUCUGUUGCCCCAAGCACCAUCUCACGCUUUGCUUGCAGGGUGGUCUGUGAACGGAACCCCCCCUACACUGCCCGUAUUUAUGCAGCUGGCUUUGACUCUUCUAAAAACAUUUUCCUUGGGGAAAAAGCCACCAAAUGGAAGAACGCAGAUGGUCAGAUGGAUGGGCUCACCACCAACGGAGUGCUGGUGAUGCAUCCGCAGGGUUUCCCAGAAGAGUCAAAGCAGGGCAUGUGGAGAGAGAUUUCUGUCUGUGGAGACGUCUACACCCUGAGAGAGACCAGAUCCGGCCCCAUUCGUGGACAACUGGCCCUGGGUGAGAGCAGUGCCCUGCAGGAUGGCUCUCUGGUGGACCUGUGUGGAGCCACCUUGCUGUGGCGCACUGCUGAAGGCCUACUCAAAGCACCCACCUUGCGCCACCUGGACGCCCUGCGUCUAGAGCUGAACGCAGCCCGGCCGCAGUGCCCUGUGGGUCUGAGCACCCUGGCCUUCCCUAGCCUGCCCCGCAGCCACAGCCUGGAGGAGCGUCAGCCCUGGGCCUACCUCGCUUGCGGCCAUGUCCAUGGCAGACACGACUGGGGCCAGAGGCCCGAACGCACCCGCGACCGGGAUGAAGGGGCAAGCGGGGGCACGGGCGGGCGGCGGGAGUGCCCCCUGUGCCGAACAGUGGGGCCUUACGUGCCCCUGUGGCUUGGCUGCGAACCGGCUUUUUACAUGGACGCUGGCGCCCCCACUCAUGCCUUCGUGCCCUGCGGCCAUGUGUGCUCAGAGAGGACGGCCCGGUACUGGGCCGAGACACCCCUGCCCCACGGGACCCACGCCUUCCGCCCCGCUUGCCCCUUCUGCUCCGCACCGCUGUCGGGCAGCCCCGGCUUCACUCGCCUCAUCUUCCAGGGGCCCAUAGAUUGAUGAGGUGGCCACAGGAGGGUAGAAAGCAGGACAGGAGUGCUAUGGAGACCAGUGCCUAUCUCACGACUGUGUUCAUACUGUAGAUAGACAUGCCGUAAUUUACAUGCAAAUCUGCCAUUGCUUCUUUAGAGUAUGCACACAGUUAACUUUGUAUGUGGAUUCUACCUCUGAAUACUGUCCUGAGUUAGCCUGGUCCAAAUCUUGUAAGGGUUUGCCCCAUUUUCCUUCUUGGAUUCAGUUUGGCACUGACCGAAUAGUAAUCCUUUAAUCAAGCCAUAUUAACAUGUUCUGAUGAGCUGCAAGGGCAGUGGUUCAUGUUUAGUGAUAUUUGAAGUAGAGGACACGGAGGUUGAUUAAAAAAAAUGUAGAAGUGCCCAAAGCACUUGAGAUUGGCACUAACAGAGUUUUAUUAUUGACUGUACACCAUGUCCAGAAGUAUUCAGACACCCCUUCUAAUUAGUGAAUUGAGUUUCUUUAAGGUGCACUCUUUGCUGACACAGGUGUCUAGUUGUUCACACAGAGCUUGUACAGUCUCCAUGAAAAAGCAUUGCUAAUAGAAUGGGACGCUCUGGAGCAACUGCCUGUGAGCCUAAGGUUACAGUGACCGAUGCCAAGCUAGAGCCUAGCACGAGGCUGCGGAGCAGUAGAUCUGUGUUCUCUGGAGUGAUGGAGCUCAAUCCAAUACCUUUGGGAUAAGUUGGAGUGGCGUUUGUGAUCCAGAACUAAUCAUCCAACAUCAGUUCCUGCCUCACUAUUGCUCUUGUGCUGUGAUGAAAGAAACGUUGGAUGAGCAGGUGUCUACUUUUGGACAUAGUGUAUAUUGGUUUUUGCGAUUGGUUCAGCAAGAGCUAGAUUUACCAACAUACUCAUUGAUAUCACCCAUGUAGCCUAUUCUGACAGUGCCAGAUGGAAUCUGUGGAGCAGAAUGAAAGCGAAAGUACCUCUUGAGUCCAGAAUGACCAUAUGAUACCUAACUUUCUCCAAAUGCUUAUUCAGUAACUGGUGAGUCCACUCACAUCUUCGCUUUGUUUUGUGUCUUAGUUUUAUCAGAAGUCUCAAGACCUGAAAUCAAAAGCUAUGCUGCAGAAACAUGAUCAAAACUGAACAGAAGAAUAUUGUCAUGCUCCAAAAAUAAACUCCAAUAUAGUAACUUUAUAGGAGAAGACAAAAACGCUCUUAACUUUUAAUGGAAGUUAUUGCAACAAGAUUUUUUUGCAAAAUAAUUUUGGAGCAUUUCUAUUGGUCCAUCCAUUAUGGAAUCAAAAUUGUGUUCAGAUUCUGUAGAAAAAAACAAAGGGAAAAAUGUUUAUUUUGGACAGUCACUAUAUGGGUAUUCAUAGGAAAUUACUCUGUAGAUCUAUCAUCUGGCCUUUAAUCUGUGGAGUCAAUGUCCAUUGUUGCACUCCCUCCUUUUUACCCAUCUAUGGCCACUAAAGCUUUCUCAGUACAUACUUGUGAUUUCAUCUCACUCUGCACACUAGACAAGACAACCCCCCAAUACAACACUCAUCUUAAGCAAUAAGCAUUACUAGAAUUAAGCUGUAGCUCAACUGAGAGAUGCAAUGACUCGAGUGUGUACUAGCUGAUUCUAGCUUAAACAUGGCUGAACUCGGCUUUGGGUCGAAGGGCUUUGCCAAGUCAUGAGUAAUGUAGCCCUUGUGAUUUUCUUUUUUUUUUUAUUUAAUUUUUUUAGAUUGUUCUUUGUAUUAUUAUGAUUGUUUUAGCAUUUAAAUGAGAAUAGAAGUUGUAGCUGCCGUAUAUACAGUAGUUGUUUGAAAAA